UUCAGUUCAUUAAUUCAUCAGAAUUAGUUUAGAAUUAAUUGUUCCCAGAAUCCAUCUAAUUUAUAAUAUUUAAUAUUUGAAAUUUUGCGUGUGAUUUGUGAAUGUUUAUUAGGUUUAAAAUUGUAGUGAUUCAGUAAAAUCAAAGGAAGAUGAGGUGAGUAUCCGCUGCUUCUUCUUUUGGUUCAGGCGACUGCUUUUUCUUUUCUUUUUGCAUUCUCAUCUCAACUUUUUACUUCAUAACUAAUUUCUUUACUAAGUACCAAUUUGUCUUUUAUUUUCUAGCAAUUGCACUUUACCUGUUUGACAAUAUGCUUCAAUGAUGGUCUUAACUUUUUUUUUUUUUAAGAAUUCGAUGCUUACCCUUGUUCUAACGCUAGUCCUUAAUGGUCUCGGCUCUCUUUUCUUCUCUUCAAUUGUUGUUCUGGUGUUACUUAUGCACAAGUUAAAUGGAUUUUUUUCUUUCUUUUAUCAGUUUGAGUUGCUGUUUAUUAAUGCUAAACAGACUUGUUAUAAUUACUAUGGCUCGUUCCUCAAAGUUGAACCUUGCAGCUGUUAAAGAUUCUUUCUAGUGUUGUUGAUACUAUAUCAUCUAGUGUAUCUGGAGAUGAAUUGCCAUAUCUAUUGCUUAUCACAAAUCUGCUUUUGCUUAACGGGUCAUUGCUGAAAGCCUGUCUGAAGAGGAAAUUGCAGGACUUCUUCGAUAGGAUUGCCUAUAGAAUUGUUGAUAUUCAAGAAUCUGGUCCUAGCGACCAAACAGAGUUACAUACUAAAAUUCUGGAUUUUCAAGACCCUGGUCCAAGCAACAAGACUGAGGUUCUUAAUUCAACUGUUAACGAUGAAACUUUCCCUCCAGAAACUGAAGGUUUGCAUGACCAUGUUGAUGCUUUUAGCUCAGAAAACCUCCAUCUGCUGUUUACCCACCAUCAACAUGAUGCAUCGGAAUCAAGCAGAUCUUUAAACCAAGGUUUGAGUGAGAAACUAGUUCCUUCCCCAGUUCCGGAGGCAGUCCCUACCAUUUCAGCAGCGUUCAGAAUCCCCUACAUCUGCAUCACGAAAUGCACCUCUGAAAUUUUGGAGACACGGAUUUCAUUUGGCACGCAUCACCUGAACUUGCCUUAAAUUCGCACCAUCUGUUCAGCGGCCAAGUCCAAGGCCAAGAAGUAGAAUGCAGUUUGAUAAGACCACAGUAUUAACUAAUAGAACUGUAAUAGGGUCAUAAAAAAGGCUUGAAGACAAAGGCUGAACAAGCCCUCUAUUUCUUUGGAUAUCUGGAAGUCGAGCAACAUUUUGAGAAAGGAGCAAGUCUUUUUUGAGUCUGCAUUAACUGGGUGAUGAUGUGGAUUAUGAAGGUGUCGUGCACCGUGAUGGCUCCAUUCUCAUGUCAGUUUCGCUAGAUCAGUUAAAGGACCUAUCAACUGUUUUUACUCAACCUUAUUGAGACUUGAGAGAGCUACCACAUGUUGCUGAUAGUAAUUCUCAACUAGCUGUCAAAAGACUUAUCCAUGAGCGUGGAAGUCAUUGCUCCUUUGAUAUCUUGAAACAAGCUGCUAAUAGGAGGUCAUAAUAUGGAAGAAAAUGCUGGAAGAGCUUAUCAUCAAGCUGCAAGUUGAGCUGCUACAGCUAAAGUUGCAGAAAAAGAAAUAUAUGCAAAUGAUGCUCGAAAGAGCAAUGGGAGGAGUUUCAAGCACUUUAUCUCCUAGGCAUAGGCAUUUUGCAACACUGGUGAUUUUACUUUGAAAGGUUGAAUUCCAAUUGAGAGGUUGUUUUUUGGGUUGGAAAGGCUACCUUUUUGGUUCAGUCGCCAUCUUUUGGAUGGGUGUCUCAGCCGGGAACUAAGAGCUGUUCUCUUCCAAAAUUGAAUCAAUCUCCAUGUCGCAAGAUUCUCUCAAGAUCAAACUUACAGUUUCCAUUCAUAAUCAGUAAUUCAGAGACGAUUCCAACAAAAUCAAACGCAGUACGCGAUUCAAGAUAAAAAUCGAGGAAUCACAGCUGAUAUGAGUUUACUAAGUGAUUCAGCAAAAUGACCACUGAAGGCUCUUGUGCACUAUGAUGGAGUAUGGGAUGAGCAUUUUAAUUACUCCAACUACAAGAUGAAAGGAAUACUGAUAAGGGAAAACACAACCUUUGAAGAAAUUAAGGAAUUGAUAGCAGGUAAACUAGAGGUAAACAGUUGGGAAACCAAAAUGGAAAUCAAAUUUCAGUUAAAAAACAACUACCAAACUUUACAAAUUGAAGAUAAUGUCAGCCUGCAAUUCUACAUUGAAAUGAAAAAAGAUGAACCGCGAGUAACCAGUUUUCCAUUAUGUGUUACAACAAACAAAUUUGAAGGUCAGCCACAAAUACAAAAUAUCAACAGUGAAGCUUCUAUUGGAAUUAUUAAAGAACAAUUUGUGGAUACAACGUCUAGUAGUGGCACAGCAAUUGAUAUUAUAAAAUAUGCAGAAAUAUUAUACAACCAGACAAGAAAAGAAGAUGAGGAAGCUGAAAGUAAACCACAAGAAAUCAACAUCGUCACUGAUCCAAAAAUAACAGAAAUCUAUGUUGGACAGAUCUUCAAAGACAAAGAAACUAUGAAGACAAGUUUCUGUUUCUACACGAUUGCUAACCAAUUUCAGUAUAAAGUUAGUAAGUCUUGCAAAAGAGAAUAUAUAGUCAUUUGCAUUGAUGAAGAUUGCAGGUGGACAGUGAGAGCUUCAAGAGAUGGAAAGACAAAUAUGUUUGUGAUUAGAAGAAUGAUAAACAUCCACACAUGCCCACCAAAUAUAAGAAUGGAUGACAAAAGGCAAGCAACAGCUUCAAUAAUAGGGGAACAUAUAAAAAUGAAGUUCUUGGAUAUAAAAACAAUCUAUACUCCAGCUGAUAUUCAGAGAGAUUUUGGGAUUGUUUUGAGUUACAAUAGGGCAUGGAGGUCAAAAGUAAAGGCACUAAACCAAAUUAGAGGUAGUCCGCGCGACUCGUAUUCAAUUUUGCCUGGAUAUUUGCACAUGCUUCUACAAACUAAUCCAGGGUCAGUUGUAGAUCUUCAUACAACUGAUGAAAACAAAUUUGAAUAUAUGUUUAUGGCUCUAGAUGCUUCUAUUAAAGGUUGGAGAUACUGUAGACCAAUAAUUGUAGUAGAUGGAACAUUUUUGAAGUCGAACUACGGUGGAACAUUAAUAACAGCAAGUACACAAGACGGAAAUGGUAAGAUUUUCCCCCUUGCUUUUGCAGUUGUUGAUUCCGAAAAUGAUGAUUCCUGGGAAUAUAUUUUUUUUAAAUUGAAAGAAGCAUUUGGUGGAAGAAAUGGGCUAUGUAUUGUUUCAGAUAGGCAUUUGAGUAUAUUGAAUGGGGUCAAAAAGGUUUUUCCUGAAGCAAGUCAUGCAAUAUGUAUGUACCAUUUGCUAAGUAACAUCAAAUCAAAGUUCAAACACGAUCCGGAUACAUUGAGAGACUGUUUCUAUGGAGCUGCAAGAUCAUACACAACUAAGGGAUUUGACUACUACAUGAAAGAGCUUGAUGCCAUUAAUGCCGGAAUUCGAAAGUACCUAACAGAUAUUGGGAUCGAGAAGUGGGCAAGAGCACAUUGUAAAGCUAAUAGGUACUCGACAAUGACAUCGAAUAUCGCCGAGUCUUUGAAUGCAGCAAUCAAAGCAGCUAGGGAAUUACCAAUAACAACGCUCCUUGAAAGUUUGAGGCGUUUGAUGCAAGAAUGGAGUUAUGCUAACAGAAAUAUUGCAAUUUGUACAUUUACUAAGCUGACAAACAAAGCAGAACAUGAACUCAGAAAUCACUAUGCAUCAUCUUUAAGAAUGAAGAUUUCAAUUGGAUGAAAUGCCAUGUCCACAUGCUAUUGUUAUAUUAAGCAAACUACACCAAGAACCAUAUCAAUACUGCUCAGACUUUUUCACUAAAGAAAAUAUGCUUGCCACAUAUGAAGGAGUUGUCUAUCCAAUGCCUAGCCAAAAUAAUUGGGAUUUACCUGCCAAUGUUGAAAGUAUGGAAGUUCUUCCGCCAAUAGGAGCAAUUCCAGCAGGAAGACCAAAGAAAAGAAGAAUCACGGCACCAAAUGAAAUAAAGAAGACAAAUCAGUGUGGAAGAUGCAAACAAAGAGGACAUAAUAAGAAGACAUGUAAAAAUAUACCAAAAUAAUAAAAUUUAGUUUUCAAAUACAUUUCCUAAAUACAUUGAUUAAAUGAUUUGUAAUUCAUUGAA